AUGACGUUGUUUUACCGGUUAUACUUAUGUGUUGCGUACCUUGACGGACCACCCAGGGUCCCGAGUCGCAAACACUCACCACAGGACAUCCUUAGGGGUGACACCGUGGGCGGCGGCAACGGCUCGGGAAGCUUGGGUCAGGCUGAAACGUGUCUGGAAGACGCAAUUGAUGAACAACAAGAACCAUGGAGCGACAUGGUGGAAGCGAACGUUACGGCUGGAGCCGUUAUGGAGGCGACAGCGGCAGAAGCCGUGAGCGAGGCAGAAUCCGUGAACGCGACAGAAGUCGUGACCGUGGCCGCAGCCAAGUCGAUUGCCCAAACCGAAGUUUACCGUUGGCUGAUCAAACGCAAGGCGUACGAAGCGCGACUUGAAGAUGAGUGCCGUAGGAAGAACAUCCAGUUCCGUGAACAUGUGACAAGCUACGUGGCGUGCUUCUCGGACAAGCAAUUGCUGCGUAGCAUGAUGUCGAUCUGGAAGAUCCGCGGAGAACCCGAAGACAUGUUGGAGUAA